AUGAAGACUCUGAUCGUUGUCCUGUGUGCUGCCCUCGUGACAGCCAAGGAAAAGCGGGAGGCUGAGCCUACCUAUGGUGGCCAUGCGGUUGGCCAUGGCCUGGGUCUCGGCUUGGGCCAUGGGAUCACUCACGGUCACGGAUUAGGCCACGGCAUCGGCCACGGUUCAGGGCACAGCAUUGGCCACGGUAUUGGUUUCGGACACGGGCUAGAUCAUGGCAUCGUUCACAGCGUAAGCCAUGGCCACGGUGGCGACAUUGGUCAUGGUUUCGAAGGCGGUAUUGGUCAUAAUGUACAUCAUGGUCAUAAAGUCGUCCACACAACCAUUCACCAUGGUGGCCAUCAUGUGGGGCACGGAGCACAUGGCGGCCACCAUGAUGGCCAUCUUGUGGGGCACGGAGCACAUGGCGGCGUCCACCAUGGUGGCCAUGUAGUCGUCCAUGGUGGUCACGACUUGCACCAUGGUGUUCAUGUGUCGGGUCAUGGGGGCCACGGCCUUCACCAUGGAGGACACAGUGGUGGUCAUGGGUAUGGCCACGGUUAUGGCCAUGGCAAAGUUUACUCCUACGAGGUUGGUCACGGAAACGGAGCUUCCUAUGGAUACAAGGCGGCCGUGGAGCAUCCUGGCCAUGGUCUUUCCUUCCAGAGGAAGAGCGCCUACGUCGCGCCCCACUAUGGUUACGGACAUGGCCACGGCUACGGACAUGGCCACGGACAUGGCCACGGCUACGGACACCACUGA